AUGGUUGACGAAAAAUUUCGAGUGCGGCGCUUCCGAGACGGUGAUGAAAGUUUGGAAGACGAAAAACGCGGGAAUCCGCCUCAAAUUGUCGACAACGAUGAGUUGAAGAACGCUAUCGAAUCGGAUCCAUGCCAAACAACUCGGGAGCUUGCAGAGCCGUUUGACUGCGAUCAUAUAACCAUUCUCCGCCCUUUGCACGCAAUUGCGACGCAAACAAGGCGGCUCGAGUUACAAUGGCUGGAAUUCUCGUCCGCCCCGCAAAGACCGCCGGUUUUCUCGACUCCGAUGAAAACGUCAGAUGAAAAGUGGAUAUGUUACGACAACACAACGAGAAAACGGCAGUGGUUGGACGCCGGUGAACCGCUAAAACCGACUCCAAAACCGAAUAUCCACGAAAACAAACGUGAUGCUUUGUAUUUGGUGGAA